CUUUGCCUCCAUGUCCUGAAUAAACAUUAAGAGGAGUGUCUCCCUCGCUGAGGAUAAAAGCUUGAAGAUCAUACCUCUGUGUUAAAGCUCAGACACAUUUCUGCAAAAACAAGAUGGACUCUGAAAGAAUGAUAGAGGUGGCCACUCUUGGCAGACCAUUCAGCCUUGGGAUGCUGUACGACUGCCGCCAGGACACAGUCAUUCCUGGAUUAACACUGUGGGACUGUGCUGACUUGGAAAAAGACACAAGAGAAAGCCCGAAACCAAACAGUGACUUUGAGAUAGUUGCUUCUGAAUCAAUUGAGGACAAAUCUUCAUCCCUGGCUGUUGAAGCAUCUUUAAAAGCAAGUUUUUUAGGUGGACUAGUUAAAGUUGAAGGAUCAGCCAAAUACCUCAAUGAUCAGAUGACAUCCAAAAAUCAAGCCAGAGUUACACUGAAAUACAAAACUACCACAAAGUUCCAAGAAUUGUCAAUGAAUCAUCUUGGAAGAGGAAACGUGAAGCAUUCAUAUGUUUUUGAGAACAAACUAGCAACACAUGUGGUCACAGGCAUUCUUUAUGGAGCUCAAGCGUUUUUUGUCUUUGACCAAGAAAAAUCUGAGACGGAAAGUCAUCAAGACAUUCAAGGCAACUUGAAAGUGUUGAUAGAGAAGAUUCCAUGCCUAUCCAUUGAAGGUGAAGGUUCCUUAAAAUUGGAAGAUAAGGACAUUGAAAAAAUAAAGAAAUUCUCUUGCAAAUUCCAUGGAGACUUCCUACUUCAGAAAACUCCAACAACCUUUCAGGAUGCAGUAGAAGUCUACCAAAGUCUGCCGAAGCUGCUGGGAGCCAGUGGAGAAAAUGCCGUCCCAAUCAAGGUCUGGAUGUUGCCUCUGACAAACUUAGAUUCUUCUGCAGCUAAACUUGUUCGUGAAAUAAGUGUAGGAUUAGUUCAAGAAGUACAAAGUGUCCUGGAGGAGCUAAGUGAGCUGGAAAUAAGGUGCAAUGAUGCAAUGAGAAACAUCACAACACAGCAGUUUUCACAGAUUAGCAAAAAAAUUAAAAGUUUUAAAAGCAUGUGCUCUGAGUUCAGGCUUGGAUUUCAACAAACAUUAGCGAAGAAACUUCCAUCAAUCCGAGGAGGAGGAGAAGAAGAGUCUGAGCUUGCAGAUGUCUUAAAGGGGAGGCAUUCCUCACCUUUCAACAGCAAAAAUCUAAAUGAAUGGAUGGACUGCAAAGAGAGAGAAAUACAUAUCCUGAAAUCUUUCACCAGGAUGAUGAAAAACACCAAAAUCAUCCCGUCUCAAAAUGAGGUUGAUGAAGAACUUCUCAGUGCAGACCAUGCUUUAUGUUUUGUCUUCACCUCACUGGAAAGACAUGAACCAUACCUCUCUGCUUUGUCAAACCACCUCAAAGGCAGAACCGGGACAGACGAUUCACACAUUUAUGAUGUCGAGAAGGAACAAUGGUAUCUCUCAAACAAUGUGGCAGAUGAGAUGAGAAGAAAAGUGAAACUCUUCAGUGAUUUUGCAGAGGCUAACAAGGAGAGUACUGCAUUCCUGACAGUAGGUUUAACAGAUAAGAAACAUGAAGGUUCGACCAUCUACCUUUACAAAGACGGACUUUCUAUCAGUGAAAACUUUGAGCCUCCUUCAAAGCCUGAAAGUGUGACAGCAGCUGACAUAAACCACAACAGUGUGACUCUGAACAUUUCCCCUCCCUUAUUUGGAGCAGAGAACAUCACCUCCUACUCUGUUGAGUACCGGGUCAGUGGAGAAGAUGAAUGGAAACAAAAGAUAGAACCAAAAUCUGCAGAACUCACAGUGAGCCACCUGAAGCCAAACACAGAGUAUGUGUUCAGAUGCAGAGCAGUGACCUCAGCAGGUGUUGGACCAGCCAAUGCAAUCAAUGAUCCCAUUAAAACUUUACCCUGCAGUCCUCCUGGAGAAUCUCAAGUUGAACCAAACUCAUCUGAGAUUUCACUUAGUUGGGAGAAACCAGCUGAGCUCGGACCAGAUGUUCAGAUUCUGAGCUACAUUGUGGAAUACGCAAGCACAGCCAAUAGUUCAAAGGUAGAAGAUCUCCUUUGGAACCAAACAAGGUCAAGAGGUGAAAAGGCCACAAUUUCAGGACUUCACUCAGAAACACAAUAUUCAGUCAGGGUCAGAUGUGACUGUGGUGGAGCCGGCAGAAGCAAGGAAAACAAGAUUGUUAAAGUUUGUACAACAAAGCGGGAAUUUGGGCGACUUGCUGAAUAUCUAAAAGACAUAAGCAAGAAAACCAACUCCAGUCUCCCAUCAGUUUAUGAACUCCCACUGAGAAAGGAUGACAUGGACAUAGAUGGCUGCCAAAGGUACAUAUUUGGUAAAGAAAGUCUAAGACCCAACCGUACCAUCAUGCUCCUUGGAGCAACCGGAUCAGGAAAGUCCACUCUCAUCAAUGGGAUGAUCAACUACAUUGUUGGCGUCAAGUGGAAUGACGGUUUCAGAUUUAAAUUAAUUAAUGAAGAUUCAUCAAUGUCCCAAGCUCACAGUCAGACCUCAGAAGUCACUGUGUAUGAAAUCUACCACCAGGAUGGGUUUAAAAUCCCUUACUCCCUGACUGUUAUAGAUACACCAGGCUUUGGAGAUACCAGGGGAGUUACAAGAGAUCGGGAGAUCACAGAGCAAAUCCGAAGGAUUUUUACCUCUGCUGAGGGAGUCACAGAGAUUGAUGCAGUAUGCUUUGUGACUCAGGCCUCUCUGGCACGUCUAACGGCUACACAGAAAUAUGUGUUUGAGUCCGUUCUCUCCAUCUUUGGUAAAGACGUGGCAGAGAACAUUGUCAUGCUGGUCACUUUUGCCGAUGGAAAGCAGCCGCCAGUUCUUGAAGCAAUAAAUUUAUCUGGCGUUCCAUGUCCCAAAAAUGACUUAGGAUUUCCAGUUCAUUUCAAGUUUAACAACUCUGCACUGUUUGCACAUACUAAAUGCCAUGAGAGCAGAGCUCAUGAUGAGGAAUCUGCUGAAGACGAGGAUGAAAGCUUUGAUGAAAUGUUUUGGAAGAUGGGCGUCAAAAGCAUGGAGAAGUUCUUCACUGCUUUGGGGAAAAUGACCUCCAAAAGCCUGCUGAUGACCAAGGAAGUUUUAAAAGAACGAAAGCAACUUGAGACGGCCAUUGAAGGUUUGCAACCACAAGUCAGAGCUGGGUUAGCAAAACUUGAAGAAAUUAAGACAACCAAACAAAAGAUCAAGGAGCAUGAAGCCAUCAUAACUUCAAAUGAAAACUUUGAGAUUGAAGUGGAUGUUAUCAAGCCAAUCCAAAAACAGCUCAGUGGGAAAGGAGAGUUCAUCACCAACUGUCAGAAGUGUUCAAUAACCUGCCACUACCCAUGCAUAAUAGCAGAAGACAAUAAGAAACAUGGCUGCAAUGCAAUGGAUAACAAAGGGAUGUGUACUGUUUGUCCUGGAAAAUGCAUUUGGAAUGUGCAUUUCAAUCAAAAAUACAAGUGGGAGUACGUUCAAGUAAAGGAGAAGAAGACAGUACAGGAACUGAAAAGCAAGUACGAAAAAGCAGCAAAAGAAAAGCUGACUACUGAGCAGCUGAUUGAGAGGCAAGAGGAAGAGAUUGCUCACCUGCAGGACAUAAUGCUUUCUCUCAUGGAUCAGUCAGCCGACUGUAUCACUCGUCUUCAGGAGAUCGCCCUGAGGCCAAACCCUCUGGCUGCCCCAGAUUACAUCGACAUGCUGAUUGAAGGAGAGAAAGCAGAGGCUAAAAAGGGCUAUGAGGCGCGAAUCAAGUCUUUGGAGGAAAUGAAGGAGAAGGCCCAACUCAUGUCCAAAGUGUCUCAACAAGACAAACUCACAAAACCAGAAGAGCAACUUUCUGCAGAGAGACAGAAGAGGAAAGAAAGCGGGGGAUAUUUAAAAAGGGUUUUAAAUUUCUUUGGAUUUUCAGGAUAACUCCAGCAGGUCUGUGGAUAUGUUGGAACGGUCGUGAGGCUUUUACCAGAACCGAUGGAUCAAAUCGUUUGAAGUGGAAUUGUCCCCAAAGCAGAAAAGUGUUGUUUGCACUUGUUAAAUUAUACUCAGUUUAUUAAAUACUUAGUGUUGAUGGUGAAUCUGAUGUUAUUAAAUGUUUGAGAUAAAAGUUUGUAAAUCUUUAUAAUCAGCAAUGCACGAAUUAUACAAAUUACAAUAUUUCGGUAUGAUUCCAAUAUUUCUAACAAUUAUUUCAAACACUUUCAAGGCAGGAAUUCAAGCCAUUGAUCUGUUGUAAAUUUCUGACUGCUGGCUUUAUGUAGUUGGGUUAGUAGAAGUGUAUUUAAUGUGUUUGGGCCUAUAAGACUGGGUUUGAUGCUUAUUGUUUACUGUCGUAUUUUAUCUGCUUUGCUUCGAUUAUUUUGGGUUCAGUAGUUUCUUCUUUUUCUUAAUCGCUUCUUUAGCCUGAUAUCUGAUUUCAUUUAGUUGGUACUGGUUUCCUGUCAGGCUGCAUCUGGGCACUUAAUCCAGGCCCUUUAACCAGGUCUUCUGUCAGGUAGAAAGGAUUGAACUGUCAGCUCUUAAUGGUGCGCUUCAUUUCGCAGAUUUUUGUUGUAAUUUCAUUUUAAGGAAGAAAUAAACCUUGCAAACAUCUGCAUUAAAAUAUCUGUAAAAUGUCCCUUAUAUGAAAAAUCUUUGAGAAAAUACUGUUUGCCUGUGUGAUUAAGUGUUGUACUGAAAAAAUAAAUGUUUCAAUACUGAA